CUGCUUCAUUUCUUUGCCUCCCCUCAUCUAAGAAGCUAAGCACUUCUUCAUUCCUAUACCACUCCUCCGCUUGCCUGCUCUCUGACCCCACCCCCAACACCAAAGGGCUCAUGAGCAGUUAGUGCUGCAGGCUUUUCCAGAGAUGCACAAGCUGGGGUUGCCCUCAUCCUCACCCCCAGCCCAGACCUAUCCCAGAGCCUCUGCCUCCUGGACUCAGCUUGCUGGAUCCAGCUCAGAUGUUGGCACUCAGCUGAUGCCAUGAGUCCAGCAGGGGGCAGGAUGGGACCAGGAAGGGGCUGACUGGCCACAGGUGUGCUGGGUAGGGCAACAAAGGUGGAAGAGGCCAGGGAAAGGCUGUGAAGAGACGUCUGGGGCGUUUGCAGAGAAGAAGCAGUGUGGUCCCAGAUCCUCUGCACCCUCCAAAGGCUGCGAUUCCCGGGAAGAGCUUCGGUGUGAGACCCUCCCUGUGUGUGGGAUCCUCAGUAGCUCUGUGGGACUACAGCAGGAGGGGAGCUGGCUUCACUCUAAAAGCUCCCAAACUGAUGGGGAGAUGAGCCCACAAAAUCAGGGACCCUUUUCUGGGAAUGCAUACCUGCUGGGAACCCCAGGAUGAUGAGGAGCUAGGGCUCCAUACUAGAACCCCCCAAUCUGAUGGGGAGGAUGAAGCCCCACCCUAGAGCAAUGAUUGGGGGGAUCCUCUGGGAUCAGCUGGGCACAAAAGAGCUCUGACUACACAGAGAAAGCCUGUGGACAAGGUAGCCAGGAGAGGAGCCAUGGGGCCAAUCAGGGCAGAUGAUCAGGAGGAUGGGUAUUUGGAGGCGACACUGCCAAAGUGGGUCUGGGGUACAUGAAGGUGGAGCACAGGCAGGACACAGGGACAGACCUGAGUAGUAGUCCUGUGACCUGCCCCCCCCAGUCCUGACCCCCAUGCUCUGAACCUCAGUUUCUCCUCCCCUGACGCUCUGGCCAGUGCUCAAGGAUAUGAUCCACUUCACUGAACCCAUCUGUCUGAGAUUUGCUCACACCUUCCUCUUUUGUGACUGGAAGUCACAGGGCAAAGCCGUAAGCUGUACAUUCACAGAGGGAACACAGCCUAAGAGUGUGCAAGGACAGAGGGGAAAGUGGCAAGGGAAGCUUGGUGCCAGUGGAAGAGGGGGACACGGGUGGGGCAGAGGUGCCCAGGACCAUGGCUGAGGCUGUCACCUAUGCAGACCUGCGGUUUGUGAAGGCUCCCCUGAAGAAGAGCAUCUCCAGCCAGUUAGGACAGGACCCAGAGGCUGAUGAUGAUGGGGAACUCACCUAUGAGAAUGUACAAGUGCCCUCAGUCUCCGGGGGGCCCUUGAGCUUGGCUUCCUCUGGACUAGGGGACAAAACCGGAGUCCAGUCGGAGCUGCCAACAGCGUCCUGGAGCUCCGUGACGUCACCCGCUGCCAGGAGGCUUCUGGAGUGCGGUUCAGCCUGCUCCAAAUACCUGCUUCUCGGCCUGCUCCUCACCUGCCUGCUGUUAGGGAUGGCUGCCAUUUCCCUGGGAGUGCGCUAUCUGCAGGUGUCCCAGCAGCUCCAGCACGUGAACAGGGUUCUGGAAGCUACUAACAGCAGCAUGAGGCAGCAGCUCCACCAAAGGACCGCCCAGAUGAGGCAGAGGGAACAGGAUCUGCAGGCGACCAGAAGGGAGCUGGCCCAGAGUCAGGAGACACUACAGGCGGAACGGAGGGAUUGCCAGGCUGUCAAAGAGAAGUUACAGGCCUGCGAGUCUGAGAGGGAGAAGACCAAGGAGACCUUGCGAAGCGAGGAGGGACAGAGGAAGACCUUGGAGGAGAGGCUGAACCGCAUGCAGGACAGGCUGAAGCCCUUCUUCACAUGCCCCUCACCAGAAACCUGCUGUCCCGUGGGAUGGAUACUGAACCAGAGGAGUUGCUUUCACGUCUCACUUAUUAAAAGAACUUGGGAGGAGAGCCGAAAGUAUUGUGAAUCUCUGUCCUCCGACCUGGCCACAGUCAGUGAAAAUUAUUAUUAUUCAGAUUAUUAUUCUUAUAGCAACAGCUUAACUAACAUGUUGAAAAAAAAUGACUGGUUUGGUUCAUAUUGGAUUACCUACGUUAAUAAGGACCGGCAGUUGCCUGAAAAUACAAAAGUCUCUGGGCUUUCUGUUCAAAACCAAAGAUGUCUUAGCAUACAAAAAAGCACCUGGGUAAGACUGCUGUGGGAGUGUGCUGAGUCUCUUCCCUGCAUCUGUGAGAUGGCAGUGUUCAGGUAUCCAGAUGGGGACCACUCUUUGCACUGAGCUGGAUACUCAUGCCAACAAGAGCCCGGGCAGCUCACGCCUAAGCUGCAGCCUGCAGGUCUGAAAAUCAUCUCCCUCCAGCGUUUCCUCUCUGCCUGGACAGUGCUCGGCCAGGGGCCAACCCAUGGCCAACCCUUCCAGGCAGCCUGCUGCCUGCUU